AUGUUCUUCUCACUCCUCGACCCGGCAAGACCGAAACGUGCAGCAGAAGCCACCUCAAGUUUUCGCCUCCAUCGAGUCCCGACCCAGAACCCACUCCUUAUACCAGCUUCCAGCUUGGAGCCCUUAGAGCUGCAAGCGGCAGAUCCUCCCUGGCCCCUAGAGCUACGCGCCCCAUGGCUACAGGGUCCCAAUGGCAUGGCGCACCGGCCAAGUGGCGGCAGCAGCCCCUCGAAGAGUAGGUUGAGCCGUGAUGCCGAUGCCACGCCCACGCGCAUUUCGCCAUCGCCGAAGUUGCUGACGCUGGGAGGAGGCGGUCGGAGUCCUUCAGCAUCGCCCAUUGGCACGGAGCUCCCGGCCAUCGAUGUCCCCUUUCGGGGCUCCGCCUCACCUCGGCCACGGAAGCCGCCUCAUGCGACGCACUUCCCUGUGGUCAGGCGAGCGGAGCGGGAUGCCUCGGCACGGACUCCUUCCACUUCCAGCUCGCAGGGUCCCAUGAGUUUGGGCCUGCACGGGAGGAGAGUGUCGGCCGGCACAGCCGCGAAAGAGACCAGUGGCUUCCCACAUGAGAUCUUGGCCCGAGGCGAUCGCGCACAACGAAAGUUCCGAGAGGCGCUGGCAAAGGGGAAGGCCCAGCCCAGGAGAGAAACACAUGAUGUAAGGGAAGCUCUUCUUGUCCCGCUCCCACCGAUCUGA